GCCCCCUCCUCCUGCGGCGCUGGCUGGGCCGCCGCCUCCCUGGUGGAAGUCUCUGGGGCCAGAUGUUAUAGGGCAAGCUAAAAAUAACCUGGCAGGCCGGCCACCACCGAGGAGGGGGCAUGUGCUGGGGCAGACACAUGAUCCGAGGGACCCGGCUGAGUGGAACUAAGAAAGCCCGGCAGACCGCGCGCACUUCUGCUCACACGUCCCCGCCCCAUGCAGCCAGCUCAAGCGUCUGCAAGGUCGCUCCCCAGGGAGGAAAUGCCCUUCACCAGCCUCGGGAUGGGCAGCCGCGGAAGCAAGGUCAUCUGGGCUCUGAGCUUCCUGCUACUUCUCCUCGAAGCCACUUCUGCCAAGAAUGUCUGGAAACGGGCACUGCCCGCGAGGCUGGCCGAGAAAUCCCGCGCCGAGGAUGUGGGCGCGCCCGGCGGCCCCCGACAGCCCCGCGCCGACCGCUGCCCGCCGCCCCCGCGGACGCUGCCCCCCGGCGCCUGCCAGGCCGCGCGCUGCCAGGCCGACUCCGAGUGCCCGCGCCACCGGCGCUGCUGCUACAACGGCUGCGCCUACGCCUGCCUGGAGGCCGUGCCGCCCCCGCCAGUUCUAGACUGGCUGGUGCAGCCGAAACCUCGGUGGCUCGGUGGCAACGGCUGGCUCCUGGACGGCCCUGAGGAGGUGUUGCAAGCAGAGGCGUGCAGCACCACCGAGGAUGGGGCAGAGCCGCUGCUGUGUCCCUCAGGCUAUGAGUGCCACAUCCUGAGCCCUGGUGACAUGGCUGAGGGCAUCCCCAACCGCGGGCAGUGUGUCAAGCAGCGCCGGCCAGCAGAUGGGCGGAUCCUGAGACACAGGUUUUACAAAGAAUAUCCAGAGGGUGACUCAAAGAAUGUGACAGAACCUGGAAGGGGACAGCAGAGGCACUUUCAAUAAAGCAGCAACAGGCAGGGACACUCCUCCACUUUCUGCUAAACCUGGGAGACAGUCGGGGACACAGCUUGGCGCCCGGGCUCUACGAUCGGCUCAGCAGAGCAAGACCCCAGAGAUGCCCAGAGACAGGACAGCAGCUCUCGGUCCCACAGGCCCUGCCUGGCUGCUGACUGCGGGAGCCGCUUCGCAGCUCCAGGUCCCUGUCUUACUGUCCCAGACAGCAGACCUUGCAGCUCCACAAGCUCUUUCACCAGAAAAGAAGCUGCUGCCUAAGUGAGCUUUUCUGAAGCCCCUAAGACAGGUCAGCAUCCUGGUAUUCUGUGCAGAUUUCUCCCGAGUCUGGCCCUGAGAGGCACAUGCCCAUCCCAGAGGUUCUCAGAGUAGCCUUGGCCGAGGGAACUGGAGACGAACUUGGCUGCCAACGCGUGAUUCACAGCUUUACCCACCUGGUGCUCUCGAGAGGCUGCGCCCAAGCCCCAAUGUUAGCCGAAGGUGGGAGGCGGUUAUUGAA